AUGUCGUCCCAGCCAUCCCACGACCCAAGCCCAAGAGCAAUGAGCGUCGAGCGCUCGCCCACCUACCUCAAUCUGUCCUCCCGGUUUCAUGAUGAGUUUCCUCCUGGCGCAAAACCUCAUGUCAGCCCAUCUCUCCGGUCUCCGAAUUCACGUCGUGCGCCGUUUCGCAACGCUUUUACGUCCGUUUUCCAGUUCUUUCAGUACUCCCAGGCCACCGAGGACGAGAGGCAAGAUGAUGGCGAAAAGUACGACGAGCGGAGCUAUGAACGGAAAUCCAAAUUUAGGCACGUACGCUGGGGCGACAGCCAAGCAACGCGUGCGAACCGGUGGUUCGCUGUUGCGUUCCUAAUGCUACUUCUUUCACUGCAAUCCAACGUCUUCCUCGUUUUCAAUUGUCCGCCGAAUUCCUUUUUGCGGUAUGUGAGAGGAAAGAAAGAUCUUUGUAUAGCAUAA